AGAGGACCAGAACUUGAGUCUGGCGCCUUAGACCACUCGGCCAUCCUGACUUUAUAUUGAUGAACCUUAAAAAUUUUAAUUACCAUUAUUUUCUUCUCUUCUCUUCUCUUCUGCCAUUACCUGAAUCACACCAUCUGAAUUUUUUUCUUCUCUUCGCUUCAGCAAUGAAUCCAGUUCAGUAUCAACCAAUUAUGUCACAUCCUUCUCAACAAUGGAGCUCACCGAUUCCUCCGAACCCGCCUCCUUCUAGCGCUUUCUGGAAGUUUCCAAAUCUCCAAAAUCAUCUUAAAGACUUACAUGAAACCCUUUCUCUUGCCACUGCACUGCAAAAAGAGUUGGAGAUGUUGAUGAAAGUUAAGGAAGCAAAAGGGGAUGAUAAUGGUGUUGAUGGGUCAAUUGAUAGGUUAAAUGUUGAUGAAUUAUCCAAGUUUAUUGAGGAUAAUAGGGUUAAUUUGAGUGCUCAAGAGUUAAUUUCAGUGGAGGCUGCUAAUAGGUUGAUGUCAAAAUUGAGGUUUUUGCUUGAGCCGUUUAGGGUUCUUACUGAUGAUGGGAUUCCAUGGGAGGAGAAGUCUGCUGUUGUUAGAUUGAAUGACAAGAUUAAUAAGUCGAAACGAAAUAAGCUGUGGAGGAAAAGGAAGAGGCGGCGUGUUGCUGAAUUUCUUGCUAAGGAAGGUGAGACGUUCGAGAAACUCGAUCGAGAAGCUGAUGAAUGGAGGGCUAAAGAAAUUGCCAAGGAUAUGGCCCAACAGAAGGUAGAAAAGAUGAAGCAAAUUGCAAAACAGAAGGCUAAAGAGGAGAGAAAGAAAUUGGAAGCUGAGCUUGAGCUGGCAUUGAUGGUCGAGAAGCUGCAAGAAUUGCGCUCCAUCAGGAUACAGAAGUUAAAAAAACAAGGGAAUUUUCUUCCAGAAGAAGAUGACAAAUUUCUCGAGAAAGUUCGAGCUGCCGUUGAAGAGGAAGAACGCCAAGCAAUGGCUGCUGCAGACACAGACGCAGCCAAGGAAGCUAUUGCUGCUGCUGAAGAAUCUCGGAAAGUUACUCAAGGUGCCAAGUUAGAUCCAAACGAUGAAAGCAGUAAGGAAAAUAAUGAAGAAAGUCAAGAGCAGAGAAUUGAGGACGAAAGUAGUCUUGCCUCUUGUGAACCCACUAGCAAAGAAUAUGAAAAUAAAGUAUCCGAUAGACAAAGCUAUGGAGCAUAUGACUAUGUGGCUAAUUUGCCCCCGGAGUUUUAUCACUACUAUCAUGGAAGUAAUACCGACAUGGGCACUCUAAUUGAGGUUCGAAGAACAUGGGAUGCAUAUAUAAGGCCUGGGGGAAGUCGGAUUCCAGGUCACUGGGUUCAACCACGCCCUCCAGCAGAUGAAGUAUGGGCAUCCUAUCUUGUGCAAGCGCAGCGUAGAUGACACUCGAGUAGUAUGCAACCUUGUAACUUCCAGAAACACGGCCAAAAUACAAUGGUGCACAUCCUUGAUGAACGAGCACCAUAAACCGAUGAUUGUGCGCCAAAAUGCUUGGAUGCGUGGAAAAGAAAUGGAGUUAGAUGAUUUUGCCAGUCUCUAUAAUGUUUACGUAUGUUGUAUGGGAAGAGGCAUGCAUGGGUAUGGUAGAAGCAGUGGAGACUUGAUGUCCUUGUCCGACAACUCGGUGUGGCCAUUCGAAACUUUCUAGAGGUCGUCUUGUAGCAAGGGAAGUUUUUGUAUAAGUUUUUUUCUUCCCAUGUCCGUUCUAGGUAGAGUUACUUUGUAAAUUCUUCUUAAUUAAAGAGUCGGUAAUCAUUGAAGGCGAUUCGAAGUUGGUUUUCUGAUGACAUUUAUCAGAGUGAAGAACUUUAAGUCAUUUUCUUUUGCUUUUCUGUAACGAUUUUUGCUUGUCGUCUCGCCCGUUGGGCUUCAUUGAUGAUGUGUGGUGAGAUGGUGGUUAGUGUGGGUUAAGGUCUUACCGAUAACUGUUGACUUUUUUUUUCAUUAGUAAUGAGUUGUUAUUUUUGUAUUAUGUAGUACUCUCUCCGUUCUUUAUAGUUGUUUCUAUUUGCCAUUUUGAAUUAUUA